AACCAUGUAUUGAUAGAGAUGGUAAAGACGUUUUCCUUUUGCCUUUCAGAUACUGAUUAUUUUAUUGCUUUUGUUCUUCCCAGAUAAGCCACCAAUUGAGGAUUUACAAUAUUUCUUGGACUUCCAAAUUGCCCGAAUAUGGGCACCAGAACAAAGCAACAUUCAAAGGAAGGAGCCUGUAUGUCCGUCCCUUCAGUUCAGUUUGAUGGGUCCCAAACUGUAUGUCAGCCCAGAUCAGGUAAUUUAUAUUUUUACUUAAAAAAAAAAAAUGGGGAAACAAGGUUUUUUUCAUGAUUGAGAUAUAAAUUAUUGGAUUUUGAUGUAAAAAAUUUUUAAGAAAAAGGUGUAAGGCCAUAGGCAGAUGCUGAGAAUAUUCGUUGUCAAUGUGCAAGUGAAACUUCUAGUAUUCACCUCUCCUUGAAAUCUAGUUUCCAUAGUUACUGCUAAAUGAAAGAUAACAGUAUUGAUAAAUUAGAUCAAAAGAGGGAAAGAGCCAUAAAACAAGGUAAACAGUUCAUGCUGUCCUCUUGGCAAGUGAAAUGCAUAAAGAGAAUCCUGAUUUAAGAAUACACAGCAAUUUCCACUCAGUGUCCCAUGACAUUGCAGGUAACAGUUGGUCGUAAGCCAGUCACAGGGCUUCGACUUUGCUUAGAGGGUAGCAAGCAGAAUAGACUUGCAAUUCAUUUGCAGCAUCUAGCCUCUCUUCCGAAAAUCCUACAGCCCCAUUGGGAUGUACACAUGGCUAUAGGUGCACCCAAGUGGCAAGGUCCAGAGGAACAAGACAGCCGUUGGUUUGAGCCCAUCAAAUGGAAGAACUUCUCUCAUGUAAGCACUGCACCAAUAGAGCACACUGACACUUGUAUUGGAGACCUUUCAGGUGUCCACAUUGUUACAGGGGCUCAACUUAAUGUUUGGGACUUCGGUUCCAAAAAUGUAUUACACCUCAAACUCCUCUUCUCCAAAGUUCCAGGAUGUACAAUAAGGCGGUCUGUAUGGGAUCACACUCCAUCCAACCUAUCCACUGCACAUAAGUCAGAUGGUUCAUCUUCAUCAAUAUCAAACGAAAGAUCUGAUGAUAAGAAGGAAGACAGUUCGAGCCACAUCGGAAAACUGGCAAAAAUUGUGGACUCCACUGAAAUGUCGAAGGGUCCUCAGGAUAGUCCGGGGCAUUGGUUGGUUACAGGAGCUAAGCUUGGUGUGGACAAGGGAAAGAUAGUGCUGAGGAUAAAGUACUCUUUACUGAACUAUUAAUUCAUUAUUGUUUCUGUUUUAGUAGUAUAACCUUUUUUCCACUUGGAAGGCAUGGUCAUAUUUUUUUGCACAGGUGAUAAGAGUUAUUUCUUUUGUACAUCACGCUGUUUUGUUGCUGUUCUUUAUUCCUUAUGCCUGAUAGUAACAUCAUUAGCUGAGUCUUUAGUCCCUAAGUUCAGUCUUCUGUUUGAUUAUCCAAAAACUUGGUUGUGUUGUACAAUAAAAAGAAUAUUAUAUU